AUAUAUGUGAGUAAGUAAUAGAAGCAACAACAACUACAAGAAAAGCGUUCAAGAAACAAGUUUAUUUAAUCUACAAUAAACGAAAAUUAAAAAAAAAAUAUGAAAAUUAUUAGUUUUGUUUUGUUUUUGACUAUUAUCGAGUGUGCGAUUAGUGAACAUCUAGAACUUACUAUUGAUGGUCCAUGCCAAGUAGGUGAAGGGGAUAAGACAGUUGUAUAUAAUGUUGCAAGGCAAAAGGGAGAAGGAUAUUGCAUACAUAGCGUCUCGAAUAACAAGUCAGUUGAAAUAAUGCCUAAACGACCAGUAAACUUCAAUGAGAAUCAUUCAUUCGAAACGUAUAUUUUAAAAAUAAUUGAUGAUAAAAUAGAGGAACCCGAUGAAAAGAUUGUAUUCUUUUUAUAUUGUACUGAUAAUGGAACAAAUACGCCAGUCAGAUUUUUUGAAAGCUUUACCAUAAGAGACGACGAUAGUGUCCCAUUUGUAUCCCAAUUUAGUACAAGGGUUAUGGCUCAUGGUAGUGUUUUUAACGGCUCAAUAUUUAAUUUAAUAGUUGAAGCUGUGUCUGGAACGGGAACUUGCUCAUUAGCUACUAGUAAUAAGAAUGUUAUAAUGAUAUCCAAGUUAUCGCAAGCAGCAAAACAUCUUGAAUUUUCACAAAUGGUCUCAUUCCAAUUGUUUGCAAUAAGUCAUCCAACUGUAGAAGGAAACGAUGAAGCAACUUUAAAGCUCACCUGUAUAGAUGAUAAGGACGGUAGUGAAACGACGCUAUUUUAUCCUACAACAGUUAUACACGUUACAGAUACGUCAAUGGUGGAAACGUCUUUUACGUUUAGUACGUUGAUGUCGCAAAGUGUUAUGGAGUCUGAAAAAUUAAGUAUUAUUAUUUUACGGCGUUCAGGGUCUGCUUCUUGCAGAAUAGUACUAGAUUCUUCAGUUGGUAAAUUACUCACUUCAGGGCAAUUUAUACUAAAUGGGAAUAUUUCACAAGCUGUACAAGUUAUUAAAACUCAUGUUAGUAUUAAACACAUGCUAACUCGAAAAGAACAUUUGGACAUAGAAUGUACAGAUAUAUCGGACAAUAGUACAUAUAAGGAAAGACGGCAGUUUUACAUUACUAAAAUACCUGGUAUUGGUAGUUCUAUAGUUGGAGAUCCUCACUUUAUACAAUCGGUUUACGAUGACAGAAAAAAAUCUUUAAAAUCGAUAUGUUACGAUAUUUCUGGAAAUUCAGGCGAUACUAUACUUAUCUUAAAACAGAAUAGUAAAAAUGGUAUGUCUGUUUACGGUCAGUUAAAAGAUGACUAUUAUAUGCAUUCUAUAAAGAUUAUAUCUCGACUGGGAAAUGUGACAUUUGAUACUGAAACAAUACAUUUUAGUAAUGGAGCUUCUUUGAAAUGGGAUAAUUUUGUUGUCGAAAUGUUGUACUUUGUUGGAAACUAUUCAGUUAUAUUUAAAAAGAAUAGAUUACAGAUUUCUUACCUGUACGGUAAUGCAAGAAGGAAUUCAAUAGAAGUUAUUAUUGUUAGAUCAAAUCACCAGAUUAGCGGAUACUUUCUAGAUAUAUCAUUCAAUGGUAUCUCUAAUAACUAUUAUAAUACUGAUGGACUUUUGGGAAGAAUAGGGAAAAAUAACUUUAGAUUUUAUAAUUCCGUUCAAAGGGGUAAAGGCAAUUAUAUAGAUCAGAACGUUGCUGUAACAAUUAACGGGCAUUUAAUAACUGGACGAAUAGUUGAGAGAAAUAGCGUUGAAUGUUGGCUACUUUCUAUUAAAGAUUUGUUGAUAUCUAAUACCGUGAGCGAUUUCAUUACAUCCGAUCCUUCUGAUCUACUAAAAUUGGUCAAUAUUGGACCAAGUGAAGUAGCAGAAAGUGAUGAUUCAAUAGUUUAUAAUGUUAAACUAUUGAGUGGAAGGGGAAAGUGCACAUCGAGUUUAUCAUCGAAAACAAAAGUUCAAAUUUCUGGUGUUUCUCCAACGGAAUUUUACGAAAAUAACAUCGAGGAAUAUUAUAUAAUACACAUUAAAGAUAACAGCAUACCCGAAUCAGACCUAAAUAUUAUAUUUCGUCUAGAUUGUAUUGAUGAAUCAAAUGGUCAAAAUGUUACUUUUGAAAAAUUAAUAAUCGUUAAAGAUGAUGAUAUACUUCCUUACAAAUCUCCGUUUCUUAUGCAAGUUAACUUUGUUAAUAAUAUAUUGGAAGGACAUUCAGAAAUAAUAAAUAUUUUUACUGUUAAAGGUUCAGGGUUUUGUAGGGUUUUUUCAUUAAAUCGACGACGUUUAAGGGUAAUUUAUGGUAAAGAACAAUUAUAUACAAAGAAUUCAUUAAAAUAUAUUGGAUUAUACGCCGAAAGAGAUUCGAAUUUUGAGAAUAUAGUUGUAUUUAUUCGUUUAGAUUGUUUAGAUCUUAAUAAUAAGAAGCAAACUGUCUACGAAUUAUCAACAACUAUAUUAAAAUAUCAAAUCUUAAUUGUUAAUGAACCUUUCACCGCUGGUUUUAUUGGUUAUGUUGAUGUUAAUGAAGGUCAAGUUGUUGACAUGAUUUUUCAUAGAAUUAAAGGUUACGGUCGUUGCGAAAUGAACAGUCCUUCCAUUCCGGAUGUAGAAAUUGUUGGACCUACUAAAUUCGAUAUGCAGGAGACGAAUUUUCAAUAUUUUCAAUUUGAAGCUUUGUACAACAAUGCAGAUAAAAACGAUAGAAAAUGUACAAUUGAAAUUCAAUGUCAAGAUUUACAUUCUACGGAUACAACUAGCCUAUCGUUAAAUGUCUUAAUUAGAAAUUCAGACAUUCAAGCUACGGGAGAUCCUCAUAUUAAGCAAAGAGUUUUCGAUCAGAGGGAAAAGGCAUUGAAAAUGAUUUGUUAUGAUGUUUACGGUCAAGCUGGUGACGUUAUACUUCUAAUAAGAGAAUUAACUGAAGAGAAUUUGUCAGUUUAUGGUAAAUUAAUGGACGAUUGCUAUAUGCAUAUAGUUAAAUUAACAUCAACCUCUGGGAAUAUUACUCUAACAACUGAUCAAAUUAUAUUUCCUGAUCAUCAUAUACUUAAAUGGGACGACUUUCUACAAGAGCAAACCUUAUAUAAAGGAAACUAUUGCGUUAUCUUGAAAAAGGAUUUGAUGAAUAUUUCAAAAAUUCAAGACAACUUCUUCCAUCAAUCGUUUAAGAUUAUUAUUAAAAGAUCGCAUAGACCAACUACAGGGUAUUUCUUGGACGUAGCAAUUAAGGGUAUUAACGAACAAUAUAUUGGAAUUGAUGGAUUAUUAGGAAGAAUUGGUAAGAAUAAUUUCAAAUUUUACGAAUCUGUUCAAGAGGAAAGAGAUUUACAUGGGAAUUUAAGAGUAUCAAUUGAAGUAAAUGGUCGUAUUGGUACAGCCAGAAUAGAUAACCGAGGAGGAACUGAUUGUUGGUUGUUAAACGUUAAAGAUGCUCUUUAUCCAUCAUCUUUAAAUGAUUACGUUUUUUCCUAUUCCCAUUCCCAUUUAUUCUGA